AUACCAACGAUAGCCGACAAGAAAGUGUUAUGCAACGAAAACUCAGUAAAAAGACUAGUUCAUUCUUGCCAUCGAUAAAAAAGUCAAAGGCUGAAGGAAAACAGAGGAAUGAAGAAACUAUGAAAACUUCUUCGACUAGUGGGAUAUCAUCUGAAGUAUUUGACAGAAAAGGGACUUUGAAACCAGAAUACGAGUUGUAUGUCGGUUUGAAAGAUAUUCCAGAUCCAGCAGAUAUUGAAAUAUUUGCUCUGCAAGAUGUUGAAUUUGGCAAAUUAGAUAGAUAUUUCAAUAGUGUAAAAACCUAUUUUUUCGCUCAAGACGAAGGCUGUCAUUCAUUUUUUAACGAAAUCGGCUGGAAAAUUGAAGAUGCUACACUCACAGAGGAGGAGAUUAUGCAUACAGAGUUGAUGCCCGCAAAACAGACUGAAAUCGGUUCCGUAAACGAUUCAACUGAAAACCAACACAAUUCUGGUAGAAAACGGAAAUUAACUCUGGCCGAUUUACGAUCAGAACGUUUGGAAGAUUUCGUUUCUGAAGAACGUUUAGACAUAUUAAACAAGUAUUUUAAUAGCGUUCAAAACCUUGCUAAUGAACCGGAAGAGAAACGAUUGUGUUCGGAUAAGAGUAUCUCAUCGAUGGAAGUCUAAAAAGAAUAUUAGUUAUUUUUGAGUCUUUUUUUUUUAAAGAAAGAAAACUAAGCAUCUCUAUUUACAGAAAAAGAAAACUUUAACUUUAGUCUCUUCUCUUCCUUGAAAAAGAAACCAAAUCAUUUAAAUUGUCUUAUAGAAACUGUUUAAUCACCAUUUUUAUUCUUUCUUUUUCUCUCUCCCCCUUCCACUGUCUCUCUCUCUCUCUCUCUCUCUCUCUCUCUCGUAUAGUUACUCCUCGCCCCCAUCUCUACUAAGCGAAAAACAACAGUAAUAUUUACGUAUGCAUAUACAUGUACAGUAAUAUAUAUAGUGUAUAUAUAAUUGUCAUGUAUAUACAUAUAUAUAUAUAUAACUAGUUUAAAUAGUCGUUAAUAGCUGAUAAACAACAAAAACGUAUAAGAGCAAAAUUACUAUAUAAUUUUAGAAUAUUUUUGUCACGUCACUUUACAAAACUAAAAUUGAAAAUAAACCAAAAAAAAUAUAAAACAAUGAAUGAAUGAUAGAAGGAAAAAGAGAGAGAGAGAGAAAGAAAGAAAGAAAGAAAGAAAGAAAAAACUUAAAAUAUUUUAGAUAUUUUUUAAAAGGAAUAUUUUUCUACUGUUCUAAUGAAUUUUAGAGUUGUAAAAAAAAAAGAAAAAAGAGCAGAGAGAUUUAUUUUUUUUUUGUAUUUUGAUUUUAUUUCUUUAUGAAAUGAUGAUAAAGCGUAUCUUCCUUUUUUUUUUUUAAAGAAAAAACAAGCAUAUAUCUUUCUUCUUUUUUUUUCACUAAGUAAAAGAAUUAAAUGUUUAUAGUUUCAUGAGUCUCUUUUUUUCGUAUACACUAUGUACAGUAUAUAUGCUGUAUGUAAAUGUAAAAUGUGUAGUCAUAUCUGUUUCUUCUAGAAUUCAAUAUUUGUCGAAAACUAUUGAUGCUUUCUUUUUUUAUAAACAGCAGAUGACUCUAGUAGUUGUCGACUUUUGUACACCAUUGCUUAUCAUAUAUAUAUUGCAUAUGUAUAUAUGCAAGGCAAAGGAAAUAUAUACGUGAAAUUUAUUUAAUUAGAUAAAACCUUUUCUGAUAAUAAAGAAAGACAAUUGCUUUUAUAAAAUAAUCAUAAUAUUAACAAUAAUAUAUAUAUGAAUAUAUUUCAAGUGCUCUAAUUCUAUUCUA